AUGUCAUUUUUUUUAAAUAAAUAGGACUUUCAAGUUUCAACUCCCAAACACUACUUGCUCGUGUAUACUUAGGGGUCGAGUGGGCGACUUUCUUCAGCAUCACCGCUUGGCUCCUGUGGAAGAAUAGAAAUGACAUGUGCUUUAAAGGUAUCUCAGCCACUCUCACUCCUCCUUCCUUGGCUCAUUCGAUUCUUGCAAAAGUGAAGCUAUGGAGUGAAGCCUGGAACGCCCCGUCCUUGCUGCCGUGCGGAAAGAGGGCCUCUGCUCCUCGGAGGGUGGUGGACAUUGCUUGGAGCUCGCCUCCUAACGGAUGGGUGAAACUAAACAUUGAUGGGGCCUCAAAUGGUAACCCCGGACCGGCUGGGGCGGGAGGCGUGUUGAGGGAUGGAGUCGGGCAUUGGAUUGUUGGUUUUGUGGCUAUGAUUGGCGAAGCUCCUGCAGCUUUGGCAGAGCUAUGGGCUUUUUUUCAUGGCUUGGAUAUCGCGUGGAAAUCAGGGCAUCGCCAGAUUGAGAUCGAGUCGGACUCUCAGCUUGCCAUCCAGUUAAUUAAUGACAGACAUGAUCCGGUGCACCCUUACGCCACCUUGUUAGCAGCUAUUCGCAGGAGGAUUAGUCGGGACUGGUUGGUGCGCAUUGUUCAUGUGUACCGCGAAGGGAAUAGAGUCGCGGACUGGCUCUCGAAGCACAGUCUCGUCUAUCCCUUCGGGUUACAUGCACUUGCACACCCGCCGUCAGGGGUGAUUACCAUUCUCCAGGACGAUAUUCAGGGGGUCUCUUUUGAGCGGCGGAUUGUGUCCCGCCAUGACACCUCCUCUUCCUCCCAUCCCCCCAUGUAACCUCUCUUUUUCUUGGCUUUUGCCUCCUUGUAUGCAAAAAAAAAUAUAUACAAGAGAAUAUUUAUCAACUAUCAGCUAUAAUAUUAAUUGAUAUAAUUGAAGUCAUUAUCAAUCUCCUAAUAAAUUAAUCACAUACGU